ACUGUAUUCACUGUAGGAGGCACGCCCGAGCUUGCUUUGAUACAGCCUCAGUAAAGGUGUGUUCACAGAGAAACACAGCACCAGCACCAGCCUGCAAAAUCACCUCUGCUGUCGGUAACAACUCCAGAUCCCAGAAGUCAACAUGCCAGAAAAAGCAGAGCAAGUGUCAGCUAAACUCCUCACCAACAGGAACUGCACUGUUGAAAUCACCAAUGUGAGCAGCAACUUUUGUCUCACCAACCCCAAGGUUUACAUGGUCAGUGGUUUCUCCCAGCACCCCCCUCAGCCCACCAUCUGCACCGCCAAAACCGAAGUGUGUAGCUUCACCAAAGAUGACAACACCGUCACCGGGUCUGUGGGCCUGAUGACCUAUGACAUCUUCCACAUGCAGAAACGCCAGUACACUGAGCGGAUGGCCAUCAUGUUCUCCGUCCCUUUUGAUCGCAAUCUGUAUAAAAAUAAGCUGGCAAUUGGUAUCUUUGAGCACAGCCAAGAAUGCGAUAAACAGUUGUACACCCUGAUGUAUGAGGGGAAGGAUAUGAGUAACUUCGUGAGGGCUGACACCAAUGGGAGUGGGCUGGUGUUUCAGGGAGCCCAUCUGGAUGUGCGGGCCACUAUGUCCACAGUGGGAAGAGCUAUAGUUAAAGUGGAGCUUUAUGAUAUAAUGGGCCGCUAGAUGAAUGUUCAACUGUGCGAUUAUUAAAGGCAGGUUUUGCAAAUAAAUGUAUGUUUGAGUAUGCUAAUACAAAACCACAAAAGGGGUUUAAAAUUAGUUUGUUUAUGGGAUAGUAGGAGACAUCAGGUAUCCAUGGGUUUUGGAAUGAUGAAAACUGAAAUAAACAAAAUGUCCUGUCUUUUGAAUGUUAAAAAGUCCUCAAAAUCAGGAAGCUGAAAACCAUUUAAGGUGCACUAUGUUACUUCUAAGGUGGAGGUCCGCUACUUUCUUAUCUCCAUGGAAAUCUUAUUUCUUUGCCUGGAACGUUCCAUAAUAGGGCAUUAAACAUAUCUUCUUUGCAUUUGUUAAAUUGCAGGUGUUUUAUAGCUCAAAAAACCUUAAAAACAUGAAUUCUUACCAUGUGCAGGCUUGCUUCUCUAAAGACCUGACCAUUAACCUGUCUCCAUUGUGAUUACCAAGUGUAUUUCCAUGCUGUAGAAUACUGAAGGCAAAACAGUAAUAUCUCCAUGGAGACAAGCAGGUGACGGAUCCUCCUCCUGAAAAGUUACACAGUGCAAUUUUAAUAGAGGAUCCAGCACCUUUGCUUUAAAUUUUCAGCAUAUGACAUGAACUUAUCUGUUACAUCUGCAAGAAAAAUUGUUCCUUCUUAUCUUAAUAAAAGAUUCUCUAUUCACGCUAAAACAGCCAAAGUGUUUAUUUACAAAAACACAUAUGUCUGUUUUUAAAGUGUGUUUUAAUCCUUUACUACAGAUAUUAUCAGUGAAAAUAACUUAUCUACAGAUUUACUGAAGAAGGAUGGAAUAAUUUUCUUGCACUAUAAAUUAUUUGGCUCUUGAAAACACUGCUAUUAAAACAGUAAAUUCUAAAACUUUGAUUUUAAUUGCACUUCUCUGUCUUUGUAAAUCCACUCAUCCAUUGUUCUUUUAUAAAAUAAAAAUGUUUGAGUGUGCUA